AAGGUCAGUUGACGAAAGGGUCAACGUUCUAACGUCGUUUCACACGACACGCUUUCCAUAGGUAACAGCCAGUAAAAUGCACGUGCCUUAUAUGAAGACUUGACCGGAUGGCUGUGUAGUCAUAGCGAUAAUGCAUGGUGAUGUGGUUCGUUGAGAGAGUGCCAGUGACCCAGCAUCUUUGUCUUCAACUCUCUAGAUUUCUGUCGGGGUUACCUCACCCUUAUUUUUGAGUCCAUACCCUACCCUGGGAACACAGGGGCUAUUUGUCACAUAGCUGUGGGUCUGUUCAUAAGCAACAGGGCGUGUCCACAUACGGAUGGGCCUGGCAUGCCACACGUAUGGGGACAGACCUUCUCCGAGUCCCCUGCAGUUCUGCCUGAGGCCACAGGGUGCUCAGUUACCGUGUGGCGCCAUCUGGGAGGCACUAGAAAGGGCUUGUCUACAGAGAGGCUAUGUACUGGCAGGGAAGACUUACGCACUCGAAAGCGGAAGGUGACAAGCACACAACAUACAGCACACCACACUUGACGCAUCAACAGACCAAUGCCACAUAAUGCUCCGGAAACAUGGACUCAUGUAUAUACAGAUGGAUCAGCACAUGCACCAUCAAAGAUGGUGGAGCAGGAGUUUUCAUUCUAUACCCAUCAGGCAAUAGAGAAACACUACAUGCAGCCACAGGAAAACACUGCAGCAAUUACAAGGCGGGAGCUUGAAACACUCAUGAAGGCCGUCUCAAUGAUUGAAGACACUCAGUGCACUCUCUGUCACGGAAGCUCUGAUCAACAACAAAGCUAGCUCCACAGCUAUUACCCGCAAAGUAGCACUCCAUGUGGACUUGCAGGCAAUGAAGAGGCAGACCGACUGGCAAAGCUAGGAGGUCGGUCAGAGCCACAAACAACACUGUGAGCUACAGGGAGAAAGUUACCAUAAUCAAGGCACUGACGAACCAGGGGUAGAGGAAUAUGAUUUUCAUCUUCUUGAUCAGUCGAAACAAAUGAUGCUGGUCAGGCUUCGCUCAGGGCACAACAAGCUCCAUGCUUACAUAAACAAGUUAAAACGACUGACACCAUCACCAACCUGUCCAUAUCGCGAGGAAGAUCAGGCCACGGAGAAUGUACUCCAGAAAUUUAAAAGACAUGACCAGGAGCGAGCUGCGACUGACUUGGCCGAUAGAUACCUCGAUCCACCAGAAACUGUAUGGAGCCUUGAGGAUCUGCGACGAACCACAAGUUUCAUCGAGGGUGCUGGUCUGACAGUGUAGGGCGUAAGAAGAAGAAAAAGAUGAAGACUUGACGUGUGAUGUGACAUCAGCAAUAUGUUCCCCAUUCAUGUGAUGUCGUAGCCAUAUGAUAUCAUUAGAAGUUGUAACACAUGGGUCAUAUAGGUUUAUCAUUGCGAAUAUUUAUACUGGUUUUUAAACCAUACAUUUUUCUUUAGUAUCUUUAGUUUUCUUUACAAAAGGCGCAUUGACUACAAUCAUUUGAGAAAUUGCUUCGACUGCCGGGAACCUCCGAUGGAGUAUCAUAUUCGAGUUAGUUUUAUACUUAGUUAUGUAUCAUGGUUUAGAUAUAUCAUGCUGUAACAUUUAUCAUAAUCCUUUUAAGAUAGUACUGAACGUUGAUAAACCGGUAGUAAAUGCGUAACGUAAUUUAUCCGGAUAACGUAGAAUUAAAGCCUAGACUCGGUAGACGGAAAUGAAAAUCGUUUUGUUUUAUAUUAAUGGCAAUCCAUGAGUAAUUUUAUCAGAUCGGCACAGUUGCUAUCUUUUUAACGAUGAAAUAUAAUAUUAACAACUGUGACACGUUGAAUUAUUCCAAAUAAUAUCCUAAAAUCAGCGUGUAACGUGCGGAUCUCUAUAAACAAGGGCAAAUAUCUUAAAAAUAAGAACAGGGACUGCUACAUUUUUUCACCAUAUUAUAGACCAUAUAUUUAUCUACGACGGUGAGAAGUUUCAUUAAAAUCAACUUUAUAGAAAAAUUCCUAUUUGCGAAAAAAUUGUUAUUAAAAUUGUGAUUUUCCCAUAGACGCCCAUUAUGAAAACUUAAAUGAGGUCCAAAUUUUUCAAAUCAAUGAUCCGAACGUGCAGAACUACCUUAAUGUUAAUUAUUUUAUCAUUAAACAUUAAAACCUACUUGGCUUUGUUUACUAUGAGGAUAAAUAAUACAAUAACUACUAUAUUUCUCUCCAGCGUUUAAAGCGCAAACUAUAGUUUUACAAAGUCAUUGUUUGGUUACUUUUCUGAUUUAAUGAUUACCAAAACAAUUUAUAUAGCCAAAUUAUAUGCAUUGAGUAGCUUAUCUGUAAAGUAAACAAACUGUUCACCAUAAUUUCUGUUUUACGUAUGCCCGUCAGUUUUCGAAACGAUAAAUUGGGUAGAUAAUGUAUCGAUCUUAACUAAACUAAUGCUUGUUUAAAGUACUGUAAAUACUUCAAUUGAUUCACCAGUCUUUAUUGGAUAUUUGUGGGUUUUUUUGCCUUUGUUUUUUAUGUGCUCAACUCUUAUCUACUAGUAUGUAUUUUAUGGGAUUUUGUGUGAAGGAUUUUGUUUUGGGAUACUGUGUUCUUGGAAUGUGGGUAAUCCUACUGGAUAAUUGACUUUGUUUUUCUUAAGUCUUACCCUGCUAAAUGUCUAUUAUGAACUUAUCCAUCUUUCAAUUUGGACAGAACCAUUCACUGUUAAAAGGGGUGAUUUCCAAAAAUCUACAGAUUGAAUAGCGAACAGUGCAGACCUUGAUCAGACUGCACGGAUGUGCAGGCUGACGAUCUACACUGGUCGCAAAGGUAGAAUCAUUUGUGUCCAGCAUUUUAAGGGUUAAUGUUUAUACUGUAUCUACUGCUACUUUGAUAUUACUUUUGUGUAUAUAAAGUCUCAAACCUUUACUAAAUUCAACUGUUCCACUACAAGUUUAUCACAUUUUGUGUAAAAAUCCCUCUGUAUUUAUGCCACGGUAACUAUUUUGAGUAUUGUUUCGUAAUUUUGUAACCCAUUAAGGCAUUAAAUAUGACUUUAUUUUCUGUUACAUACAAAUCUUUCUUAUGAAUUUUUAAUGUACACAUGCAUUUACGUAAGCUGAAUAGAAAUACAGAAAAUAUGCUUUCUAGUAAUCAAAUUAGUUCUUUUUAUACAUAUUUGACUUAUUUGUUAGACUGAUGUGCAGCAAAGUUAGAGAUAUAUCUAAGGGCCUUUAAAAGAUUAAAUACAUUUUAUAUACGCCAAGAUAUUUAAGUAAGACAGAUUAUGACUGACUAACAGGAAGUUGUAAGCGGUUCUACGAGAAAUGUGAUAAUUUUAUUACUUUUCUUUAAGCAGUCACCAGAACGAAGGCGAAAUCACUCAAGGUAAGGCCCGGGCAGCAACGGAGAUUUAUACUCUAUGUGUAGUACAUUCAACAACCUUUCUUUGGGAUACAAGGCUAUUCAGGAGUGCGAAGUUGUAGAAGGAUGUCUCAUAUUCACUCGUAUAACGAAGAUGUCGAUGUGACACUAUUCCACACAAUCGACCAACAUGCACAGAAGGUACCAAUGCACAACAUUUACUCGGAAGAUGGAUUGAUGCAGUAUCUAUCUGUACCCAUUGGCCUGCAAGACAAGAACAGGAAUAUAUAUCUUGCUAGAUCAGUCAUUGCAUUCCUUAGCGAAGUAAACAUAGCCCGAAGGAAAAGUACAUACAACGUUGCCCGGUCCAUGACAGAGAUAAUAUAUGGUAGCCCCACCGAUUCCUUUAGGACACUUUGUUGCAAUGCUGGUAUUGAGGCAGAAGUAAUAACAGGAAAGUCGAAAGGAUCAAACUAUCAACCAGGUGUACAAGAAGAAGAUUGUUUACAGGAAAGCAAAUGGUGUGCUUUUAAAUCCAGUGGCACUUGGCAUCUAGUGCAUCCGCAAUGGGCGAUUGUUUCCAUGUACGGAUUUGGUUAUGGUGGACAACUGAUAGAAGGCGAUGGUCGCAUAAAUAUACAGUCUCGUCUUCAAGUUCAUGGUCAGACAAUUAAUGCUUUUAACGACUUUUGGUUUUGCACAAAACCUGAGAUAUUUAUCCAUCACUGUUACCCUGACAACUCUGACUGGCAGCUUUUGCCAGGACCGAACAAGACAUCAGGGCAAUUUUUCUCCAUUCCUUUCUUGCAGCAAGGUUAUUACGAAGCUGGGCUAGAACUUCUUUCCGAAUAUUCAUGCUCGCUUAGCUCUACGAAAGGGGUAUGCAUAAUCACUUUUUCAGACAAACAUGUUGCAAGAAAUCUAGAGUUUUCAUACACACUGACUCUCAAGUCCGGUGACAUAUCAGGGGUUAGAUGGGACGACCUUAGUCAGCUAGUUAUGUUUAUUCCAGAGGUAGAUAUGUAUACAUUCAAAAUUAACUUGCCUGUUAAAGGUAUGUACUUGUUUGAGAUCAUGGUUAUAGCUGAUGACAUUGUCACGAAUGCAAGCUGUGCUGAUUUUAAAAUCACAUGUACUGAGGCAUGUACGAACUGCAGAAAAGUACCCUUUAAUGUUGGUAUAGAAGGUUUUGGCUACGGAAACGAAGCAAAGAAAGCUGGGUUGAAACAUCCAUCUGAAAAGACGCCAGUCUUGGUGCUUAACUCUCCAGAACUGGAAGUAGGAAGUGAUUGUGAAGAUGAAAUUAUUGAUUUCCAGAUUGACAGUGAUCGUGUAAAUGAAGUGGAAUUCACCUCAGACAUAAUUGGUGGUGUCAACCGAGAGGCUGUGCGCACAAGUACAUAUGUCGACGGUGAGAAAGGGAGGUUAGUGGUGAAGGCAGGAAUGAAAAAGACCGGUGACUUCACACUGGCUAUAAAAGCUAGAGAGAAAGAACAGGGUGCUGAUUUUAAAACAGUUCUAAACUAUAUGUUGACGACUGAUAGUGGAGAAAGGGAAUUUUAUCGCAAACAUGAAAAGGUAGUAAAACAAAGGAGGAGAGAAAUAACAAAAGAACAAAAAGUAGUUGACAAAACCAGAAGAAAAAGAGAAUUGUUGAUGGAAAUUGAAGAGUUAAAUACAUCAACUAGCGCUCUGUGGUGAGCUGUUGCAUGUUUCACCUGUGUUUUGAUACAUGUACAUGAAAUGGAAACAAAAGACUGAAAGUAGAUUGUCAAUAUUGUGAUGGUAUUAAAUAGCUGUUUAGUCCCGUUAUCGUUGUAUCGAGUGAGUCAGAACCAUUUAGAAGUAGCUCCAAGAGUAGUUAGUAUUUUCUAGUAAAACAGUUUUAAGUACGGCAAUAUAUUUUACUAACUCGCACUGAAUAAAGUCGAUGUAUAACAACUCCAAUCCAAGUACAUGGAGAAUUGUUUUCACUUAUUUGCAACACGAUUCUCCGAGCAUCUUAAAAUCAAUCUGUAAAAUACUAAGUAUCAGUGUUUAAAAAAGAACUGUAUGUAAAUUAACUGGUGGUUGCCAUCAAUUGUUAUGGUUGCCGCAUAGAAGACAAAAAUAUAAUUGUAGUACUUUGAGAGAUUUUAACGCAAGUGGUAGGUUAAUAGUGAUAUGCAUAUUUAACUAAAAUAUAAAUAGAAAUAAAGGCUCUGCUAGAAUUGUUUUCAAGACUUUUGUAAGUACCAAACCCGGACCACUAUUCUGCGUUGCCAAACUCCAAUUGACAGCAUGACAAUAAAUAAAUGACAGAUCAGUUUGUUGGUUAUCAAGCUUUCAGGGAUAAAGGAUACUAAAUGUAAAUUAUGUAUAACGAGUUAACAUCGUUACCUGACGGCUAUUCCUGUGUAUAUCUAACGACCACGAGAUAACUUUAAAUGAUUUUAAUUACAUAACAGCUUAACCAAUAAAAUUCAAUUCGCAACGCACUUAUUAUAAAAAAUCAAUAAAACGAUAAAACUAUA